UCUCAGCGCGCAGCGCCCCAGUGAAGUUCGUGGCAGCGCACAAAGAUCCCGACCAACAACAGGCCGAAAGCCCCAAACCCCACACCACCAGAGGAAAGAGGCUAAGGGAGAGCACAACAACAAGAAGCAAGCACUGGAGAAGAGCCCGAAAUACACACACUCGGCGAAGGCAAAAAGAAAACAAAUCGCAAACCACAACAAAGGCUCUUUUCAGGACCACUGUGAUCAUUGCUGUUCGGGAUAAAAUUCUUUACAUAAAAAACUCCAGCGUGUGCGACGUAGCGCGUCCUUUCGACACCUACUGACAGCCCACCACCAGAACCGCCACCCCCGGAUUUCUUGUUUUGUUGGGCUGCCAGUGUUGCCCCAUCGUCGCAAGGAGCCAGAACCACCAGGAGGACAAGGACUCGCUCUACCCUGAAACCGAUGGCAGCAGCCGCAUGGAGCUGUCUGCUGAGCGCCGGGCUUCUGGCCCUGUUCCUGCCCCUCCAGCUGGCCAGCGCCGGAACGGGAGCGGGAGCAGGCAGCGGGGGAUUAAGCGGUCCGUCCGUGUUCACCAGCUCCUUUCUGGUGCGCUUCCGGCGCGGCGUGGACAACGGAUUCGCCCAUCAAGUGGCCGACAAGUACGGCUUCGACAACCUAGGCCCGCUGGUCGGCGCCGAUGGACACGAGUAUCACUUCAAGCACCGGACCCUGCCCCAUGCCCGCUCCAGGCGGAGUCUGACGCACACACGAGCCCUCAAGAGUCAUCCGGCGGUUCAUACGGCCGUGCAGCAGCCUGGCUUCAAGCGGGUUAAGCGCGGCCUCCGGCCAGCUGUGCCCGCCAUCCAUGGCAUGAAGUUCGACCUGAAGGCGGGCGAGGGAAACCGGAUCGAGGAGGAGCCCACCGACCCGUAUUUUCCCAUGCAGUGGUAUCUGAAGAACACCGGCCAGAACGGCGGCAAGGUGCGUCUCGAUCUCAAUGUGCAGGCCGCCUGGGCCCAGGGCAUCACCGGUAAAAAUGUUACCACGGCCAUUAUGGAUGAUGGCGUGGACUACAUGCAUCCGGAUCUGAAAUUUAAUUAUAAUGCCGAGGCCAGUUAUGACUUUAGUAGCAACGAUCCCUUCCCGUAUCCCCGGUACACCGACGACUGGUUCAACAGUCAUGGAACUCGGUGUGCCGGCGAAGUGGCUGCUGCCAGAGAUAAUGGAAUUUGCGGCGUUGGCGUUGCUUAUGACAGCAAAAUCGCAGGCAUCCGCAUGCUGGAUCAGCCCUACAUGACGGACCUAAUCGAGGCCAACUCCAUGGGCCACGAGCCGCACAAGAUCCACAUCUACAGCGCCUCCUGGGGUCCCACCGACGACGGCAAGACGGUGGAUGGACCUCGCAAUGCCACUAUGCGGGCAAUAGUCCAGGGCGUCAAUGAAGGUCGGAAUGGUCUCGGCAACAUCUACGUCUGGGCCUCUGGCGACGGCGGCGAGGAGGACGACUGCAACUGCGAUGGCUAUGCCGCCUCCAUGUGGACCAUUUCCAUCAACAGCGCCAUCAACGAUGGCCAGAACGCUCACUACGACGAGAGCUGCAGCUCCACGCUGGCGUCCACAUUCAGCAAUGGUGCCAAGGACCCCAAUACGGGCGUUGCCACCACGGACCUCUACGGCAAGUGCACGACCACCCAUUCGGGCACAAGUGCGGCGGCACCCGAAGCAGCGGGUGUUUUCGCCCUGGCCUUGGAGGCCAAUCCGCAGCUGACUUGGCGCGACAUCCAGCAUCUGACGGUGCUGACUUCGAAGCGAAACUCUCUGUUCGAUGCCAAGAACCGCUUCCACUGGACAAUGAACGGCGUGGGCCUGGAGUUCAAUCACCUCUUCGGGUUCGGUGUGCUGGACGCGGGCGCCAUGGUCACGCUGUCCAAGCAAUGGCAUGCAGUGCCUCCGCGCUACCAUUGCGAGGCGGGCGAGCUGACGCAGCCCCAAGCCAUUAUCAUGGGCCGAUCGCUGUUCUGGGAGAUCAAGACCGAUGCAUGCAAGGGCACUGACACGGAGGUCAACUACUUGGAGCACGUCCAGGCGGUGAUAUCCGCGAAUGCCUCGCGACGUGGAGAUCUGGAACUCUUUCUGACAUCGCCCAUGGGCACCAAAUCCAUGAUCCUUUCGCGACGAGCCAAUGACGAUGACCAUCGAGAUGGCUUCACCAAGUGGCCCUUCAUGACAACUCACUCCUGGGGCGAGUAUCCACAGGGCACAUGGAAAUUGGAGGCUCGCUUUAAUUCACCGCAAACCCGGCACGGCAGUCUGCUGGAGUGGUCUCUGGUCCUCCAUGGCACCAAGGAGGCACCCUAUCGUACCCUGCACCCAUCCUCGCCUCACUCCAAGCUGGCUAUUGUGAAGAAGGCGCACGAGGACAAGAAAAUGAAGUAGAGUGGGAGAGGAAGAGGCGAAGGAAGAACUGAAGGAUGCCAGGAGGAGGAGGAGGAGUCAGGAUGAGGGUCAGGUCCAGAUAAACAUCCGCGUACCGACGUCCAUUAGGCAGCUUGGCGUUUUAUCAACGAGUUUAGUGUGAGGUUCAAAUAAAAGUGCUGGCUGUGUUUUAUUUUGAAAUAGGAUUGAUUGAGAUUAAACCAAUGAUUUGCCUGCAUUUUUCCUUCAUAAACUUUUAAAUAUUCUGUAGUAUUGUAUUUUAUGUUCAAUUUACUAACGUGUUAGCGCCUAGGGUGCCAUGAGCAGUUAAACAUUUAUUUACUUAACUUCCAACUUUUUCGAGUGUUUCUGGAAAUUGCAAAGCGCACAUUUACCACGGUAGAAGAGGAAGGUUAUACCCCAAAACUCAACACCAAAGCCUGCCCCAGCAAACUCUGUAGUGAAUAUUAAAGAAAACACAAAAUAUAAACAAUGAGAAACAGGUAUAGCAGGUACAUGAACGAGGGGUCUAAAAAUGAAACAAAUGAAAUGAAAAAACAACUAGGAAAAAUGAAUCAAAACGAUGAUAAUGAAACCAGGAAAAACCCUAUGUAAAUGUGUAAUAUCUAUAUGUAUACAUACCCUAUCUUAAACAACGUCCUAUGCCGUUAGACUCCUAAAUCUUUCUAGUAUAAAAUACAAACUAAACAAAGUAUUUACACGUAUUUUAAAGCUACGUCUUUUGUUUUCCAUAACAUAAAACUAUAUAUAUAUAUAUAUAUAUUGAUAUACACGAAUAUACCAACUUAAAGGAUACUUAGCAAGAACAUUAAAUGUUAAUCCCAAAUCGCGGAACAAGUUUGUCGCUUCUCUUUGGUUGCAAGCAUGAUUCUGCACUUGUUUCGAGAAACGCAUUUACACAUCGUUUUCCUUUCAGUUUCUUUCGGGGGCCAAAAACAGAACAUAGUAGAACAUUAACAGUAUGAGAACAAGGAUCACAAGCAGAGCGAGUGUUAGAUAAAACAUAAACAAAUGUUAAAGUACAAGUGCUGAACCUUCGAACGGUGAGCAGAGAGCCUAGUGUCUAGCAUGUAGAGUCAGAUACAGAUACAGAUACAGAUUGUUUUACCUAGUCUAAAUAACUGAGAUAGAGCGCAUUGUUAAAGUUUAUCGAUAAUGUGCCGAGGAAUGAAUAUAAAAUUAUAUAUAUACAUACAUAUAUACGGAACCAUAUAUGAGUACAUACAUGUGUAAUUAUUAAUCGAAAACCACAAAAUGAGAUGCGGGCAGCAACUGUGGCAUAACCAUUAUAUACAUACACCGAAUAUUCAACUAUAUAUGCAUUAAUGUAUGAUACAGAUAUAUUAUAUACCACGAAAAUAAACGCAAGAGUAUCUUA